AUGAUUGCAAACAAGACGAUCUUGACAAAGGCCGAAGCGUUGGUUUGGUGGUAUCGCCCCUGCUUUGCCGUGGCUCUCUUGACGGUAUUGACAAUCGCGACGCUCAGCAACCUCCAAGAAGUCGAAACAGAUUUGCUGCUCGUCACAAACAUCCGUAGCGUCCAAAUCGAGAUUGUACGAAGUUCAAGCAUAGACUUGAAUUCAAGUAGAAGCGAUGACCUAAGGCAGAGUCGAGACAAGGAAAUGAUACAGCGUCACGACGAGGUAACAGAAGAACACCAACGGGAAGUCUACUUUUUGAAUCGCACCCACCUUAGCAUUAGUGAUGGUUUCUCUGCUAGCUGGCUACAAACACGAUCAACUUUCACGAAAAUGCCCUUUCAUUUGAUUCACAUCUGCGAGGAUGCAGCAAUCCGAUCCUAUGACAAGAGAAGAAGACACAGAAUGAGAAUGACCCUGGACUGGAUGGACUUUAGUGUGGAGCACAUGUCAAAGUGGUGGAAAAUGCUAGAAUGGCACAACCCACACCAACCUAUUCCAUACCAGCGGAUCACACAGCAAUUCACAGAGUACAUCCAAAAAGAUGCCAACAUGUCUCAAAUACAAAUUGACAACACAUUUCAACAGACAAUUGCUGUCAUUGCCUUCCAAGCCUAUCACAAUAAGAGACACCCGUCCAAGGCGCAUGAUUUGACCAUGAAGUCAUUGGCCGCUACAAUCGAGUCAUUGAGGCGAGCCGGAUUUGGGAGAGUAACGGUUGGAAUUCUUGCAGAAGCUGACUAUAACCUUGUCCAAGACACUUUCCAGUUCCUGCUGCAAAUGCUGGAACCAACCAAACCUCAUGAUCCAAAAGAGCUUGUGAAACAGAUUGGCCACAUGGAAGUUGGCAUUGCAUUUGGGUCUUCAGAACAUGCAAAAACCAAACAUGAAUCCCAAAAUAUGCCACGAGCAACUCUCUUGGGCCUGAGAGACUCCUUCCGCUACUCAGAGAUGACAGAAGGCAAGAGGACCAAUGAAAUGACUAGUAACAUGACAGCUUGGUUGGGAAAUCAAAGAAAGCCUUCAUUUUGGCAGUAUGUUUAUCUCACAGAGCCUGACACAAUUCUCCAAGCAAGGCCCAGUGCUUUACCACAACUAAGGGCUGAGGUUGACAUGGGAUCAGUGCUACUUCCACAUCGACUGCAGCCAAUCCCACAUGAAUCAGAUCUGAGGGGAAUGGAUAGAGAGGACUUGUAUGUGGCAGAACAUGACUUUCCAAAAGUUAUUGGCUUGGACCCAAACCAUCAUGGUGAUGCUUGCUGUGAUGAGUACAUAGGGAAAGAGUCUAGACCUGGGACACUCCCUCACCACAGAGAGUGCAAAAAGCAAUUCUGGUACCAGUGUGGCUUUGGUAAGAAGGAACUGGAGAUGGAGAACAGGCAUGCUCGGCUCAAGCCAUACAAAUUCAUUCGCCUACUGGGAGGUACAGGUAUUGUAAGUUUGGCAGGUUCAGAGCAUGGGAGGAUGUGUAUUCCAAGAAAGAAUGGUAUAUGUAGACCCCCUGGCUAG